GAGUCCCAUUGUGGCCCGGAGGAAGGGAGGCCGUGCCUGGGCGACCCAGUCGGGAGCCCAGGGAUCAAGUUCGUGUUUCGGAGAGAUCUCCACUUCUGCUCAGGAGCGCCGGUCCCGGGACUGUGGAGACGUUGGGGCGGUCACCAAGUCCUCAGCUGGGAUACCACGUAGGGGAGAAGGCGCACAGUCCCGUAACAGUCUCCUGCAGCCGAGUGGAAUCGGGCGGGAUCGCCCGGGGGCGCAGAGCCCCCGACGCGCCUAGUGCUUCGGAAAGGCCUGGGAAGCGAGCUCUCGGAGGCCGCAGCCUAUGCCCAGGUUGGGGGCGGCUGCCUAGUGAGUCCUCCUGGCCAGCCGGGUGGAGAAGAGCGACGCCAAAGCUGGAAGGAGGGGAGCACUGCAAGGCCGGUAGAUGAAGACGAUGGGCCCCUGAGAGACUCGGACAGAACGCGGCGCGACACAGGAAGGCUAGUGGAGCUUUGCUGAGUAGGCACCAGGACAUCCCAAAGUGCAGCCUGCCCCCCAGAAGAUGGCCAGGCCUGGGCAGCGUUCGCUUGGCAAAUGGCUUGUGGCCAUGGUCGUGUUGGCUGUGUGUCGGCUUGCCACGCCACUGGCCAAGAACCUGGAGCCCGUGUCCUGGAGCUCUCUCAACCCUAAGUUCCUGAGUGGGAAGGGCUUGGUGAUGUACCCGAAGAUUGGCGACAAGCUGGACAUCAUCUGCCCCCGAGCAGAAGCAGGGCGGCCCUAUGAGUACUAUAAACUAUACCUUGUGCGGCCUGAACAGGCAGCUGCCUGCAGCACUGUGCUCGACCCCAAUGUACUGGUCACCUGCAACAGACCAGAGCAGGAAAUCCGUUUCACCAUUAAGUUCCAGGAGUUCAGCCCCAACUACAUGGGCCUGGAGUUCAAGAAGCACCAUGAUUAUUAUAUUACCUCUACAUCCAAUGGGAGCCUAGAGGGGCUGGAGAACCGGGAGGGAGGUGUGUGCCGAACACGCACCAUGAAGAUUGUCAUGAAGGUUGGACAAGAUCCCAAUGCUGUGACACCUGAGCAGCUGACUACCAGCUGGCCCAACAAGGAGGCAGACAACACUGUCAUGAUGGCCACACAGGCUCCUCGUGGUCGGGGUCCCCUAGGGGACUCUGAUGGCAAGCAUGAGACUGUGAACCAGGAAGAAAAGAGUGGCCCAGGUGCAAGUGGCGGCAGUGGGAGUGGGGACCCUGACAGCUUCUUCAACUCCAAGGUGGCAUUGUUUGCAGCUGUUGGUGCUGGCUGUGUCAUCUUCCUACUCAUCAUUAUUUUCCUGAUGAUUCUGCUACUAAAGCUGCGCAAGCGGCACCGAAAGCACACACAACAGCGGGCAGCUGCCCUUUCACUCAGUACGCUGGCCAGUCCCAAGGGGGGCAGUAGUACAGCGGGCACUGAGCCCAGCGACAUCAUCAUCCCCUUACGGACUACAAAGAACAACUACUGCCCCCACUAUGAGAAGGUGAGUGGGGACUAUGGGCAUCCUGUCUACAUCGUCCAGGAGAUGCCACCUCAGAGCCCUGCGAACAUCUACUACAAAGUCUGAGUGCCCACUGUGGCCUUGGGCCCUGGAGAACAGAUGGCCUAGAC